UUGUGAACAUUAUUAAUGCUUGUAAACAUUAUUAAUGCUUGUGAACAUUAUUUACAAAACCGGCAGGAGGAGGUGGCAGCUCAAGAAAAGAAAAAUAAAGAGCUCAUAGAAAAAAAUAAAGAUCAGAAGCAACACUUCCAAGAGGAACUUAAAACUCAGAAGCAACACUUCCAAGAGGAACUUAAAACUCAGAAGCAACACUUCCAAGAGGAACUUAAAACUCAGAAGCAACACUUCCAAGAGGAACUUAAAACUCAUAAGCAACACUUCCAAGAGGAACUUAAAACUCAUAAGCAACACUUCCAAGAGGAACUUACAGCUCAGCAACAACGCUUCCAAGAGGAACACACACGCCAGCUCAACCCCAUACUAAUGCUAGCAGCGAGAGAGGGAUCAGUGGCUAUGGUGAGAGAGGUGCUGCAGCAAGGUGCAGAUAUAGAGGGUGUCACCACCUUGGAUAACAGUGGUGAGUCUAGAGUCCUACCGGACUCCUACCAAGUGCUACCUUUUUCCAGCGAACCCACCAAUUAACAUAGUUUUAAAAGG